CAGAAUCAAUAUGAUUCAUACCCGAGCAAGUUCUCCGUCGCUCUGACCUCACCAGGAUCAUCACAAUAUUGAUGAACCUUUCCGUCAUUCGUAAUUAGGAAUAUUUUAAUUGGAGAAAUUAUGGCGGUGUGAUGGCUCCUCGGAAUGGGUCAAGUGUUUAUUACUUUUUAACGUAGGCAACAAGUGAUGAUAAUGGAUUAUAGUGAGUGGAGGGAAUUCAAUCGGGAAAAUGAUCUGUCGAGAGGAUUAGCCGAUUCUUCGCCGGCGUCAUCGUCAGGAGAAUUCUCUGAUUGAGAGUUUAAGUGGUCACUCUCGGUGGGGGUGGAUUUGCUGAUAAUUAUGAUGCGAUUAGUCACCGCUUUGUCGAUGAUGUCGUUGGUCUGCGGAUCUUCACCUGUUUCGGAGGAUAAUAUCCUUCAUAUCGGGGGGAUUUUCCCGAUCGGGGGGGAAGGCGGCUGGCAGGGAGGGCAGGCGUGCAUGCCAGCGGCGAAUCUCGCCUUGGAAGACGUCAAUAAGGCGAAGGACCUGCUGCCGGGAUUCGAAUUGAAAUUGCAUUCUAAUGACAGCGAGUGCGAACCUGGUCUAGGAGCUUCUGUGAUGUAUAAUUUACUCUACAAUGCACCCCAGAAGUUGAUGCUGCUGGCAGGAUGCAGCACUGUCUGCACGACUGUUGCAGAAGCAUCCAAAAUGUGGAAUUUGGUCGUUUUAUGUUACGGCGCAUCAUCUCCCGCACUCUCGGAUCGAAAUCGCUUUCCGACGCUAUUUCGAACGCAUCCGUCUGCAACAGUUCACAAUCCAACUAGAAUAAAGUUGAUGCAGAAAUUUGGGUGGUCUAGAGUUGCUAUUUUACAACAGGCCGAGGAAGUCUUCAUAUCGACUGUCGAGGACUUGGAAGCGCGUUGCAAGGAAGCGGGAAUCGAGAUCGUGACACGUCAGAGUUUCCUCUCAGACCCGGCGGACGCUGUUAGAAAUCUCCGGCGUCAGGAUGCCAGGAUAAUAAUCGGCCUCUUCUACGUGGUGGCGGCGCGUCGAGUCCUCUGCGAGGUCUACCACCAGAAUCUCUACGGAAAGAGCUACGUCUGGUUCUUCAUCGGCUGGUACGAGGACAAUUGGUUCGAGAUCAAUCUCGACAAGGAGGGGAUCUCCUGCACUAAGGAGCAGAUGAGGAUGGCCGCUGAGGGCCAUCUCACUACUGAGGCCCUAAUGUGGAAUCAGAACAACGACACAACCAUCAGUGGAAUGACUUCCGAGGAUUUCAGGCAGAGGCUCAAUCAGCUGCUGAAGGAGGACGGAUAUGAUAUCGAUGGGAAUCGGUAUCCCGAGGGGUAUCAGGAGGCUCCCCUGGCCUAUGACGCUGUUUGGUCGGUUGCGCUGGCAUUCAAUAAGACGAUGGAAAAACUGGCGAAAUCCGGAAAGAGUUUGAAGAAUUUCACCUACACGGAGAAAGAAAUAGCGGAUGAAAUAUACUCGGCGAUAAAUUCCACUCAAUUUUUGGGCGUCUCGGGAUACGUGGCAUUCAGCUCUCAGGGUGAUAGAAUAGCAUUAACCCAAAUAGAGCAGGUGAUCGAUGGAAAGUACGUGAAAUUGGGUUACUACGACACGCAGAUGGAUAACUUGACCUGGAAGAACAUGGAGAGAUGGAUCGCUGGAAAAGUUCCGCAGGAUCGGACUAUCGUCAGAAGAGUUUUGAGAACUGUUUCUCUGCCGCUGUUCAUCUGCAUGUGCGCUAUUUCAGCGCUGGGGAUCACCAUUGCGAUUCUUCUUAUCAUUUUCAAUAUUUGGAAUCGUCACAGGAGAGUAAUUCUAUCGUCGCACCCAGUCUGCAACACGAUAAUGCUGGUCGGUGUUAUCGCCUGCUUCGUGUCAGUAUUCUUACUGGGUAUUGACGGACGCUUCGUCCAGCCCUCUGAGUACGCCGGCAUCUGUCAAGGAAGGGCCUGGGUGCUUUCCAUCGGAUUCACCCUGGCGUUCGGAGCGAUGUUCAGCAAAGUAUGGAGAGUACAUAGACUGACGACCAAAACAAAAGCUGAUCAAGCUAAAUUGUUCAUGGCGAAACAGAAAGUAUCAUCAGUACAAAAAAACAUUCAACCCUGGAAAUUAUACACAAUGGUCAGUGCCCUGUUGGCGGUGGAUAUAGUUAUUUUAGGUUCGUGGCAGGGGUUGGACCCCCUCCAGAGGCAAAUCGAGGUGUUUCAGCUGGAGAUGCCACCUUACGGGGAGGACGACGCCAGGAUCCGUCCUGAAUUGGAGCACUGCGAGAGUGAGCACAACGGAGUAUGGCUUGGCUUAAUUUACGGAUACAAAGGGGUUGUCCUCGUAUUCGGACUGUUUCUCGCCUACGAAACUCGCAGUAUAAAAGUAAAGCAGAUCAACGAUUCGCGUUACGUGGGAAUGUCAAUUUACAAUGUCGUUGUGCUGUGCCUGAUAACAGCCCCGGUGACGAUGGUCAUAGCGAGCCAGCAGGACGCGAGCUUCACAUUCGUGGCUCUGGCUAUAAUAUUCUGUUGCUUUCUCAGCAUGGCCCUCAUUUUCGUGCCUAAAGUCAUUGAAGUCAUCCGGCAUCCCAAGGAUAAGGCUGAAUCUAAGUAUAAUCCGGAUGUGGGAAUGUCCAAGGAGGACGAGGAGAGGUAUCAGAAACUUGUGGUGGAGAAUGAUGAACUGCAGAAACUCAUUGCCCAGAAAGAAGAAAAAAUAAAAGUAUUAAAACAGCGUCUAGCAGAGCGAGACGCAUCGCGAGGAGGUACAGGCCACAUGCCUAAGGACUCAUUGAUAGUAGCUGAUUUCGUAACAGGCGAGGGAACAUCAGAUAGUGCCAUUGGUGGGGGUAUAUCAGUUUAUACGAGGUCCUCACGUGCAUCUGCAUCUGAUUUUGAGUUUUCCGAAUCAUACCUCUAAAUUUCUAUGCAACUCUAUUUUCUACUCCAUCAUUUCUGCCUGGAGGACUCUUUAAAUUUUUUUUUUUCAAGUUGACGAUAUGAACGAAUUUGUUGACGAAUUGCACAAAAAUCCUGACAACAUCGACUGCAAAUUUGUCUUUCGAAAGUUUGAAAAUUCACGAACUAUUCGUUGUUAAUAUUUCCAGAGUCGAGGGAGGAUUAUUGGAUCCCCACGAGAAUUUUAUUCAACCGAUAGUACAAACAGGAGUUUCAAAACCACUUGACUGCUAAACUCCUGAGAAGGGAAAAUAAUAAUUUUGUCGUCGUCCCGUCAACGGCAUAUGAACCGCAUUCUCAUUGCCGAAGUUGUUAUUUUCUGCGGAAAUGUUUAUUUGGAGAGAGUACCUGAGUAUCAGAGUAUCUGAGGAAUAUGAAAUCAAAUAGAAUCGGCCUAAUCUACAAAUUUAUUUGAUAUUCAGUCGUAAAAAAAACGGAAUGUCUUUCAAUCAAAAAAUAGAAAAUAACUCGAUG